UCAAAGUUUAUUCUGUCUAAUUUCGUUUGACCGAUAUGUGUAAAAGACGCACCUAUUAGAAAAUAUCUUAAAAUAUUAAUAAUGCAAUGGCCGAGGCGUGUAAUUGCCCAUGGGUAAGGACCGGGAGCCGACAAUAACUGUACAAGAAGUUAGCUAUGGAGACGGAAUCCGUGAGAUCGGAGCUGAGCAGUCGUUCGCGGCGCAGCUCCCGGCACCGCCAGCACACGCACAGGAGCACAAGAAGUACCAAAUCUCAAAGAAAAGAGUGUGGAGACAAUACAAUGGCCCCAUUUCAAACCAGUGUCAACAUUAACCCAGAGAUCUGCCGAGAGGGACAAGAAGUCAUUGAAGUUCAAAUCUUGCCCCAGGAUGAAAACUGGGGCGAGAAUACAACAGCUGUAACUGGGAACACAUCAGAAGGGUCUCAGUCCAUGGAGGAUAUAAGCAACUGGCCCAUGGAGUCUGACAGUGGGAUAGGAUUUGUUUGUUCCAGAUAUUUUGGGACAGCAAUAGCUUUAGGAUUAUCUUUUGUAUCAUUUGUUAGUCCUUUGGCGAUGGUUGUGCUUCCAAAAAUUGGGUUUUUCCCCGGACUGACUGACAAUAUAGCCAUCCAACCUAGCCAAAGGAUACAAUUGUUAUCUUGUACAGCUGAAUGUAAAGGAAUUCUGCUUUCCUUAGCAUUUAAAUUAGUUUUAUUAGCAAUAGGAGCAUGGGCUGUGUUCCUAAGGCCACGCAAUGCAGUUUUACCGAGGAUAUUUGUAUUUAGAGCCAUGACGCUUGUGAUCCUGGCCGUGUGCACAUUCUCCUACUGGCUGUUCUACAUUGUGCAGAUCACUGAAGCCACAAAGGCAUUAGCCCUCGGGGAGGAAGCUGUAGAUUACAAUGCAUUAGUUUCUUAUGUAUCAAGUUUUGCCGAUACAUUGCUAUUCAUACAUUACAUAGCAGUAAUUUUAAUAGAGAUACGACAUCUGGAGCCCGUCUACUACAUUAAGAUAGUUCGUAGCCCUGACGGGGAGAGCCGGUCCUAUUCUAUAGGACAGCUGAGCAUACAGAGAGCCGCCGUGUGGGUUCUGCAAAAGUAUUAUACAGAGUUCCCUAUAUAUAAUCCAUAUUUGGAGAAGAUUCCAAUAUCAAAGUCUCAAAGAAAAGCACAGUCCAGUAUCAAAUUCUAUGAAGUGGACGGCUCCACGGCAAACACUCCAUCGGGACAGGCGCGUUCGACGACCGGCUCGUGUACGGGCAGCGGCGGCCGGCGGCGCGACUCGGCCUCCGCGCACAACGAGCGCUACUACGAGGAGGCGGAGCGCGCGCGGCGCGUUCGCAAGCGUCGGGCGCGCCUGCUCACCGCCGCAGAGGACGCCUUCGCACACGUGCGCCGCGUGCGCGUCUCCGCCGGACUUGGGGGCUCGCUGGGGCCUCGCGAGGCGGCGCAGGCGGUGUUUCCGUCGCUGGCGCGCGCGCUGCAGAAGUACCUGCGCGCCACGCGCCAACAGCCGCGACACUCGGCAGACUCCGUGCUGGCGCACCUCGCGCGCUGCCUGUCGCAGGACGCGUCGCCGCGCGCCUUCCUGGAGCCGUUCCUUAUGGAGGGUCCGGUGCUGUCGGCGGAGCAAGAGGUGCGGCCGCUGCAGCGGUGGGCGCUGGUGUCGGACGAGCUGCUGGCGCGGCCGCUGGCGGAGGGCGUGGACUUCCAGCUGCGGCAGGGCGACGUAUCGUUGCUGUGCUGCGUGCGGCGCCUGCCCAAGUUCAGCCUGACGGAGGAGGUGGUCGACCCUAAGAGCAACCGCUUCGUGUUGCGGCUGAACUCGGAGACGUCCGUCUGACAGGAGGAGUACUCUGCGC